GUACGGAGUACAAGUCUGGCUGAUGAGGCUCAGGCUGCGACGAGUGACGCGGUGAACAAAUGCCAAGGCCAGGCCUGUCUCGCUGCGCCGUCGCCUCACUUACUGUCUAUGAGCUUCCACUUACGGCUAUGUAAUCCAAUCCGAACACCUCCAAGGCUCUCCAAACGCCUUCCACUACACUGGUAUCGUUCAUUCAUCUCUGCGGAACUCUUUAGCUUCUACUCUUCCACUUGAACUGUUUUGUCCAUCUCACUUUCUUCCCCUUCCCAAAACCACAACCUAACACAACCCCUGCGAACAUGUCUACAUUAGAAGAUCUCGAUGAUCUGGAACGCGACCAGAAGGAGCAGAAGAAGGAUGGCGACGACAAGGACAAGAAACCACCGACGGAUGGUGAUUCCAAGGAUGCAGAGAUGAAAGACGGCGAAGCAGAGAAGAAAGAUGAAGAAGAAGAAUACAUUGAUUCGGAAAUCCUUCAGUCAAGUACAAGAGACAUCAUCAACCGGCGGCGGUUAUUAGAGAAUGAAUUGAAGAUUUUGAAGAGCGAAUUUCAGCGCUUGAAGCACGAGGAGGCUACGAUGAAGGACAAGAUCAAGGAUAACCUGGACAAGAUUGAGAACAACAGACAAUUACCGUACCUCGUGGGCAAUGUCGUCGAACUCCUUGACCUAGAUGUCGAAGCAGAGGCUGCAGAAGAGGGAGCGAACAUCGAUCUCGACGCCACACGUGUGGGCAAAUCGGCCGUCAUCAAGACCAGCACGCGACAAACGAUCUUCCUGCCUCUGAUCGGACUGGUCGACCACAAUAAGCUGAAACCGGCUGAUCUCAUUGGUGUCAACAAGGAUUCAUAUCUAGUCCUCGAUACGCUACCUGCCGAGUACGAUUCAAGAGUCAAGGCCAUGGAGGUCGAUGAGAAGCCUACCGAAAAGUACACUGAUGUUGGAGGUUUGGACAAACAGAUUGAAGAGCUUGUCGAGGCCGUAGUUUGGCCCAUGAAGGAGGCAGAGAGGUUCAAAAAGAUUGGUAUCAAGGCUCCAAAGGGUGCAUUGAUGUAUGGACCUCCCGGUACAGGCAAGACUCUUCUUGCCCGUGCCUGCGCUGCUCAGACGAAUGCCACCUUCCUCAAGCUUGCCGGUCCUCAGCUUGUGCAGAUGUUCAUCGGUGAUGGUGCCAAGCUUGUUCGGGAUUGUUUCGCUCUGGCUAAAGAGAAGGCGCCUUCGAUCAUUUUUAUCGACGAACUCGACGCUGUAGGGACGAAGCGUUUCGAUUCAGAAAAGAGUGGUGACCGAGAAGUGCAACGGACAAUGUUGGAACUGCUCAAUCAGCUUGACGGUUUUGCUUCGGAUGAGCGAAUCAAGGUACUAGCUGCCACGAACAGAGUCGAUGUGCUCGAUCCUGCCCUGCUCCGCUCCGGCCGACUGGACAGAAAGAUUGAGUUCCCCCUUCCUAACGAGGAGUCACGAGCACAGAUCCUGCGUAUCCAUUCCAGAAAGAUGACUGUCGAUGAAGGUAAUAUUAAUUGGAAUGAACUUGCCCGAUCGACAGAUGAGAUGGGAGGAGCGCAGUUGAAAGCUGUUUGCGUCGAAGCAGGCAUGAUCGCCCUUCGAAAGGGUCAGAGCAAAUUGGUCCAUGAGAACUACGUGGACGCUAUCGCCGAGGUGAUGGCGAAGAAGAAGGAUACUGUCAACUUCUACGCAUAGGCGUCACCAUCUUGCGCCAUGCUGUUUCUCCCAGGACGACGAUGAGUCCUGGCUUGUACACACUAGCAUAGGCAUGUAUGGCGUCCAGAUAGAUCAUGGUGGAUAUAGGUCAUUAUCCGCAGCCAUGCUGACGGACUCUUGGGCGGAUUCAGUAUGACAAUAAAACCAAGUUGCAUUGCUUGUAAUAAUGAAUCCAGCACAGCUGAAUAUGCCAACUUUCCCCAGCGUCCUUUGUUGUGUUGACGUACGAAC